UACAAUUUCAAUUAAUUUUUCAAUCAUAUUGCAAGCGUACGCUGUCAAAGUAAUAUCUAUUUUAAUAAUUUUUUACAAUUUUUUGUGUACUUAUUAAAAAAAAAUACUAAACAAAUAAAUUAGCAUUAAAACAACAACAAUGGCUGGCCCACUACCUUUAUUAACCACGGAAGCAGUUUACAAGAAAUUGCAAGAAUACUAUAAAGCCAAUGGAGAUAAAAUUAACAUUAAGGAUUUAUUUGCCCAAGAUGCUGAACGUUUCAAUAAAUUCAGCUUGCGCAUCAGCACUCCCAAGGAUGGUGAUAUUUUGCUAGAUUAUUCCAAAAAUCGCAUCACUCCUGAAGUAUGGAGUAUGCUUUUGGAAUUGGCUAAAGUAAGACAUGUAGCUGAGGCCCGUGAUGCCAUGAUGUCGGGUGCUGCCAUCAAUAUCACUGAAAAUCGUGCUGUCUUACACAUUGCAUUGCGUAAUCGUGGUGAUCAGGAAAUUUUGGUUGAUGGCAAGAAUGUUAUGCCCGAUGUACGCGCCGAAUUGACCCACAUGAAAGAGUUUACCAAUCAGGUUAUUUCUGGUGUAUGGCGUGGUUUUACCGGCAAACAAAUUACCGAUGUUGUUAACAUUGGUAUUGGUGGCUCCGAUUUGGGACCCCUUAUGGUCACUGAAGCUUUGAAACCCUACUGCAAGGGUUUACACUCACAUUUCGUGUCCAAUAUUGAUGGUACUCAUAUGGCUGAGGUCCUAAAGAAGGUCAACUAUGAGACUACAUUGUUUAUUAUUGCUUCGAAGACUUUUACCACCCAAGAGACCAUCACCAAUGCCACAUCGGCUAAGAAUUGGUUGUUGGAACAAACUAAAGAUCCUGCUGCUGUUGCCAAACAUUUUGUAGCUUUGUCUACCAACAAAGCCAAGGUUACUGAAUUUGGUAUUGACAGCAAGAACAUGUUUGGUUUCUGGGAUUGGGUUGGUGGCCGUUAUUCUCUAUGGUCUGCCAUUGGUUUGUCGAUUUGCUUGUCUAUUGGUUUUGAGAACUUUGAACAACUUUUGGAAGGUGCCCACUUUAUGGACAAUCACUUUAAAAAUGCACCAUUUGAGAAAAAUGCUCCCGUUAUUUUAGCCGCUUUGGGCAUUUGGUAUUCCAACUUCUACAAUGCUGAGACUCACGCACUAUUGCCCUAUGAUCAGUACUUGCAUCGUUUUGCCGCCUACUUCCAACAGGGCGAUAUGGAGAGCAACGGUAAAUUUGUUACUAAAACCGGUUCCAAAGUAGUGGACUACAAUACCGGACCAAUUGUUUGGGGUGAACCUGGUACCAAUGGUCAACACGCAUUCUACCAGCUCAUUCACCAGGGUACACGUUUGAUUCCCUGCGAUUUUAUUGCCCCAGCUGAAACACAAAAUCCCAUUGCUGGCGGUGUGCACCAUAAGAUUUUGUUGGCCAACUUCUUGGCUCAAACCGAAGCUUUAAUGGCUGGCAAAACCCCCGAACAGGCUAGAGCUGAAUUGGUCAAGUCUGGCUUGUCGGGUGAGAAAUUGGAACAGCUGUUGCCACACAAGGUAUUCACUGGCAAUCGUCCCACCAACUCCAUUGUGGUGAAAAAAGUAACACCCUUCAUUUUGGGUGCUUUAAUUGCCAUGUAUGAACACAAAAUCUUUACCCAGGGUAUUAUUUGGGACAUCAACUCCUUUGAUCAAUGGGGCGUUGAAUUGGGCAAACAAUUGGCCAAGGCUAUUGAACCCGAAUUGGCCAAUAAGGAUGUCGUUACUAGUCAUGAUGCCUCCACCAAUGGUCUUAUCAAUUUCAUCAAAUCGAAUUGGUCUUAAAAACCAAAACGAUCAUAAAUCCUAACUAGUUCUCCAAGUACUAUUGCAGACAAACAAACAAACCACUCACUACCUUAUACAACACAGUUAAGAGAAGACUCACACGCACAUUUCCACAUUUCUUAUACUCAUAUGGGGUGUGUACCCAGCAGACAGACCCCAGUGCACAACUACUACUACUAAAAACAGAAAUGUAUUUAAACUGUCAAGUGCAAUUUAUAUAUAGUAGAUGGAAAGCUAUUAAGGAUUAUAUCCUUUUUUAACAUUUCCACAAACAAAACAACAAAUCAACUAAAAAAACAAACAUCACAAAAUAAUAAUAAUUGCUUUUACCUACCUAUAAAUUAGUUUAUUAUUUUUUAGAAAAUGUUUUAAUUGUCUAAAUUUCCUUAUUUUUAGGUUUAAUCAUGGGUAUAAAAAUCUCACUAAAAAUAAUAAGAAAAAAGCUCCCCCGCAAAAAAAUAAACAUAGAAAUUACCAUACAAUAAUAAUUGGCUUAAUGUGUUUGAAACAAAAAAUUAUGUAUUUGAAAAAACAAAAAAAAAAUAUGAUAAUGUUAUAAGAUUGUUAAAUCAUUGUUGUCGUAAAUGUACUACUUCAUCAAUUUAUAACUAUCAAUGGCAUUAUUUUAGAAACAAACCAAAAAAAAAAAAAAUCAAUAAAAAUAAAGCAUAAUUGUUAGAUGUUACAAAAAAAAA